UUCACCGCCUGCCAUCCUCAAGUUAGCAUCCCCGUUAUAGGAUAACCAAGCCGUUUGCUGACAGGUUAUCUAGCCGUUUUCUCUACCAAUGCCAGCGCAGCUUGCACCUCCAUUGCGCGUACGUAACGCUCGCAUGACCUCAAAUCCCCGUGCGCACGUCGAUCCCGUUUUUCUAUCCGUAUCUGUCGCCCGGACCUCGAGUCGCCACAGGCGUCGCAAGGCGUCGCGAGGCACGCCAUGAUCCGCUCUCUCCUCCCCAUAAUCGUCCCUCCCAGCGCCGCACCCUCCCUCAAGCAUUCCUGAUCCCCUGUUUCGCGUGAUCCAACCUCCCCGAACGCCGUCGCGAUCCCCUGUCGCGUCCGUUGCCCUGCCGGCCGGCCGGAAAAUAUCCACCCACUCCCAACGCAAUGCAGUCUGCCUGUUCGCUUAACGAGCCGUGCGAUAGCGCGGCCGUUUUGUUAGCUAAGCGAGGGGAUAAUCAUAACACCCUAGCAGCCGUCGUACCGGAUUCGGCAUGCCUGAAUCUGACCGACGGCUCGGGCGUGGAUAGCAGCGGCAAUGCGAACUCUCCUCGACAGCACCUUUUCCCGCAGAAACAGCAGCAGCAACAGCAGCAGCAACAGCAGCAACAACAGCAGCAGCAAGAGCAAGAGCAACGACACCGAGAGCAACGGCGACAGCAGGAGCAAUUACGAGGAGAGGACAAGAGCGGUGGCUCCGCCUUCCCUAAUGUGCCACCGCAUCUUAAGCAACCAAUAUCUCCCUUCCCCUUUCCCAGGGGACUAUCCACUCCUACUGUUAUUUCGUCAUCCUCCUCCACCUCCUCCUCCCUCUUUUCAACCACAGCCGUACCCGUGUCAUCUUCCCCGCCCGUACUGUCUUCCCCGUCCGUGUCAUCUUCCAAGCCCGUGUCAUCUUCCAAGCCCGUGUCAUCUUCCCCGCCCGUGUCAUCUUCCCCGCCCGUGUCAACCCCCAUUCCGCCGCCCCUUGCGCUCGCAUUCCCCCCGCCCAGCUCCACCGCGGCGCAGGAGCGAUUGGCUGCCGUGAUUCGCGGGCAGGGCCACCACCAACGCCACCGCUCGUGGUCGCUCUUGUCGCACGACGCAUCCGCGGGUGACUGGGGGGGGAGCGGGGGUGCCGGAGGGACCGGGGGAAGCGGGGGAAGAGGGGGAGGCGUUUCCGCCACGUGCGCACAUAAAGGGGGGCUUUUCCGCCGCAGCAGCAGCAAUUCCGAGGUGUCGGGGGAAGAAGGCGGAAUGGGGGGGAACGGGGGAGGCGGAGAGGUGGAGAGUGAUUGUGAUGGGGGGAAAGGGGGUGGGGCAGUUGCGGUUGGGGGAGUACAGAGGGGGCAUUUCCGGACGCAUAGCCUAGGACAGGGUCUAGGGUUCUUGAAGGGUGGCGGGGGAAGCAGCAGCAGCAGCAGCAGCAGCACGACCACCCCCACCACCACUGCCGCGGCCACUACCACCUCAACCACCACCCCCACCACGACUGCCAACACUACCACAAGCUGCAGCAGCAGCAGCAGCAGCACCACCACCACCACCAUCCCCCCCAGCAGCAGCAGCAGCCGCAGCACCACCACCACAACCACCACCCCCAACUUCAGCAGCUGCAGCAGCAGCACCAUCACCACCAUCCCCACCAACAGCAUCAGCAGCAGCAGCACCCCCCCCAACAGCAGCAGCAAUGAUGCUGGGCGGAGGAAAGGCAGCCCCCGAGUCCCCAGCAGCUGCAGCAUUGGUAGCACCAGCAGCAACCAGUCGAGCAGUGCUGCUCCUGCCUGUACCAGCAGCAGCAGCAGCAGCAACAGUAGAUUUGGCAGUAUCAGUGGCCCACUCACAAGUAGUAGGCGCAGUAGGAGCAUGUUCAGGAGCAAAAGCAUCAGUGGCAACAACAACAGAACUGACGACAGCAGUAGCAGCAGCAGCAGCAGCAGCAGCAGCAGCAUGGGCUUCAGGAGAAGCAGCAGCAGCUCCAGCACAGGAGCAGCAGCAGCAGCCGGAGGCGGAGGAGGAGCAGCAGCCGCAGCAGCAGCAGCGAGUGCCGGGCGCCGGCUGCUCAGAGUGAUAUCCUCUGUGUCGGCAUCUGUGUCUGUGUCAGUGUCUCUGCGCAAGGGGCUGGGUCUGCCGUGGCCCAGUGGCAGAAUGGCAGCAGAGCCUAAGCUGAUGAGACAAAGGUCUCUCCCUGGCGUCACCCGCAGAGUGAUCUGUGUCCCUGCCCGCCCCAAACGCCCAUCACCACCUGCUGCUGCUGGUGCUGCUGCUGGUGCUGCAGGUGCUGCUGCUGCUGCUGCUGCUGAUUCCAUGGGGUGUGCGGUUGCUGAUUGGGGUAUGAGCAUCAGUGAUUCUGCAGAUUCCUGCAUAGUCACGUCUGGUAUUGGUGCGAGUCCCUUGAGCGGCCACCACCACUCCCACGCCUAUUCACAUGGCGGCGCAAACCCUGCAGCAGCAAUGGCUGCAGCAGCAGGAGCAGGAGCAGCAGGGUCAGCAGGAGAAGUAGCUGCUGCAGCAGCAGCAGCAGCAGCAGCAGGAGCAGCAGGAGCAGGAGCAGGAGCAGGAGCGAUGCAGCGGUUUCACCUGGGGGCAGUGGUGGGGGUGGGCAGCUAUGGCAUGGUGUAUGAGUGUGUGGAUGAAGACACGGGGAUAACCUACGCUGUCAAGGUGCUGCGCCAGGCUCCUCUACACGCUCCUGCAAGCAUGGGCAUGGGCAUGGGCAUGGGUAUGGGCAUGGGCAUGGGUAUGGGCAUGGGUAUGGGUAUUGGAGCAGCAUGGGGUUCGUUGCGCCGCCUCAUCACGUCCAGUCUAGCUGCUGGUAGCAGCGGUGGCACGGGCACUGCUUCGAUUAAUGCUGGUGGGGGUUGUGUGGGCGGUGGGGGGGGGAGUGGCGGUGCUGCAACAGGUGAGAGUGUUGAAACUGGAGAGUCUACUGCUGAGGGUGCUGCUGCUGCUGCUGGUGUUGCUGGUGCUGCUGGUGCGUCUGCUGCUUCUGCUGCUGCAGGAGGGUCCAGAAUAGCAAGUGGCAGCAGCAGCAGCCACAGCAGCAGCAGCAACCUUCUCCGGGACAAGGUUCGCCGUGAAGUCGAGUUCCUGCGUCUCCUGCAAUCCCACCCGCACAUCGUGCACCUGCACUGCGCGCACCAGGACCGGGCAGCGGCCUACGUCUUCACCGAGUACUGCUUCGAGGGGGACCUGCACCAGAAGAUCGCCACGCAGGGCCCGCUCCCGGAGCGAGACGCCGCCGAGAUUUUCGCACAGCUGGCCUCGGCGCUGGCGUUCUGCCAUGCGAGGGGCGUGGCGCAUCGGGAUGUGAAGCUGGAGAAUGUGCUCGUGGCCGGGUGCCCUCCGGAGUUCUCCAUGUUUGCUGUGCCCUCUCCUGCUGCUGCUGCUGCUGCUGGGGCUGCUGCUGGUGCUGCUGCUGCUCUCUCUGCUGUGGUGGAUGAUCAGCCGUGGGGAGAAGGCAGAGGGGAGAGAGAUGGAGGGGAGAGGAGAGAAGGCGGAGGGGGGAGAGAACGAGGAGAGGGGAGAGAAGGCGAAGGAGGAGGAGGGGGAGAGGGAAGAGGAGAAUGGGCGAUGGGCAAUGACACAAAGAGGGGCCACCACUAUCCUGCAGCUGCCAGCGCGUCUUCCAGCAAUGCUGCGGCUGCUGCGGCGGCUACUGUUGCCGCUACUGCUGCUGCUGAUACCCCCUUCAGGGACGCUCCUGCUAGUGGUGAUAACCCCAGUGCCAGUGCUACUGCCACGGCUGGCGCAUCGACCUGUGAAGAGAAUACUCGUUCCACUCCCGCCCAGAGAUCUCCGUGGAACGAUCUAGAGGCAGCUUGCAGCAGCAGCUGUUUGUAAGGAUGGGCGCAGAACCAGCAGCACUGCCCCCAGCAGCGCUGGCCCCAGCAGCACUGGCCCCAGCAGCACUGGAACCGGGAGCAGCAACGUCCCC